CCGCUAUUGGGCCGAAUACAAAGUAAAUGAUGGAGUAUACAAAUGAGUUAGUGUAAAAUUCGAUUCUGGGAGUUCUUUGUGGCCUACGAGGGUCUGGCCGAUGAGUACAUGGCCGACGAAGACUCGGCCGACGAGGUCACCCGGUUCUUCUGGCUUCCGGAUCACGUUCUGGAUUGUCUUCGUUCCGGUCGAUGAGGGUCACCUGGCCGAUGAGGGUCCACUGGGUGACAGUUGUGCCUUCUGUUCUCCUGAAUAUGUGGGUCCUGGAGCCUAGACUCAUAUACUCCAUCAGUUACAGUUGAAUUAUUUAAAUCUAAAUUAAAAAUGAUAUAAUUAUGUGAAUCAAUCAAGUCAAUUAUAAGUAUGAUGAAUAGGGUAGCUCAUUUUUUUAUUUUGUAGCGGAGUUGUCACCUUUCAAAAAUCCAGUCCAAAGAGAAAUAAACAUUGUAAUAAAUGAACCGUGUAGAUGGUUGCAGAUAUGCAUUGCAUGCCCUACACUAAUUAUUUUUACUAGUAUGUAGCACUAUAAUUGCAAUAAUUGAAUAUCUCAUCAAUCCAACCAACUCCGGUCCCAUCCUUCUUAUAAUAUGAGUGACGAUCAGCUAUCAUCCUCAUCAAACUUCAUGGAUUCUAACAAAAAGGAAGAAGAAGAAGCCUACAAAUUCCUCAAGAUCGUUCCCAACGCCGAUGGCUCCCUCACCAGGCUAGACGGCGUUCCCAUCUCACCCUCCAACCCAUCAGAUCCCCAAUUUCCCCUCUCCAGAGACAUUCCUCUCAACCCCUCCUCCGCCACCUUCAUCCGCCUCUUCCGCCCCCCUCCGCCGCCUCCGUCGGAUUCAAAUUCCUCAUCUCCGUCCAAGCUCCCCCUGAUCAUCUACUUCCACGGCGGGGGCUUCGUGCUUCUCAGCGCCACGUCCAUCGUUUUCCACGAAUCCUGUAACAAAAUGGCGGCUGUGCUCCCCGCCGUCGUUGCAUCCGUCGAGUACCGGCUCGCCCCGGAGCACCGGCUCGCCGCCGCGUACGAGGACGCCGUAGAGGCACUCGUGUGGGCACGAGAUCAGGCGGUGGCCGCCGCGAACGGCGGGGACUGCGAUCCGUGGAUGGGUGAGCUGGUGGACUUCUCUAGAACUUUCCUGAAGGGGAGUAGCGCGGGGGGAAACAUCGUGUACCACGCGGCAUUGCGUGCGCUCGACACCGAUCUCUCUCCCGUGAAGAUCGAAGGGCUGAUAAUGAACCAGCCGUACUUCGGUGGGGUCAAGAGAACUGAAUCGGAGAGAAGACUAGUCAACGAUAAGGUCAUUCCAUUGCAUGCCAACGACCUUAUGUGGGCCCUGGCGUUGCCGAAGGGGGCGGACCGGGACCACGAGUAUUCUAACCCGUUCACUGUUGGGGGGGAGAAGAUUGGACGGCUGCCGAGGAGUUUGGUGAGGGGAUACGCUGGGGACCCACUGGUGGACAGGCAGAAGGAGAUGGCGGAGUGGUUGAAGGUGCACGGGGUUAGCGUGGUGCCGCAAUUUCUGGAGGCGGGGCAUCAUGGGGUGGAACUGUUUGAUCCCAAGUGCGCCGAAGAUCUGUACGUUGCCAUCAAGAACUUCGUCUACGGUUGCGAUAACGUCGUUGAUGAAGGCAAUGCAAUCGCAACCUCUGUGAUUUAAGUUUAUUUUCGAUGAGUUUUUACAUAUAUUGACUAAGAAAUGUGUUGCACUAAAAGCUUCUGUAAUAAAAAGAUGGUAAAAAGUAAGAUAAUAGCAUAAAUUAUACGGAGUAGUUAAUUACAUACUCCCUCCGGUUCUAAAUAAAAUUCACACUUUGACUUCACACAAAUUAAGGAAAUAAAUUUGACUUUACUGUAGAGUACACUGUUGUGAUACUGUUUGACACUGUUUUGCACUGUUUUGAUGUAGAUAAUUUGCCAAAUAAGGAAGGGAGAAGAGGUGUGAAGUUUAUUUUGGACCUACCUGAUGGAGUAUAUGGCCCGGGAACCCUCGGGCCGCAGACUCUUGCUACUCCAAUAAAGGUCAAUAGGCCUAGGAAGCACAACAGGCCCAAAUCACGGCGCCCAAGGCACCAAGCAGCCCACAAUGCGCACCAGGGGUGCUUUCGGCCCCCUGGCCGAAGGCUUUGAUUCUCACAGAAAGGUCAAAACAGGAAAACAAAGUUACUAGGAGAAAACGGCGAAAAUCAGUAGCCCUCGGCAACUGGAGCCCUCGGCACUAAGAGGGUCCCCGGUACUCAGAGCCCUCGGCUAGUCAUCCACAGUCGAGGGUACCUUUUCCGACACGAUAUCCGCUCCACAUGCGUAUGGAUCACCGUACCCUGUACAACGUCCCAUCCAACACCCGCAUUAAAUGCGGCCACAUGCGGUUGACAGCGCCAACCAGUUGAGGUGACCUCUCGGCCAAUAGACGCUUGACACGUGUCCCUGUCUGGCAUUUAUUGCUACUAUAAAUAGCACCUCAUUUUCCCGUUGUAAACCACGCUAAAAACGCUGAACACUUUCUAAUAUACUUCCUCUCUCUAUACUCA